CGAGCAAAAACAACUGAGAAAAAUCUCAGAAUAAUCAGAGUAAAUUAAUUACACAAACUGUAAACUAGCUUUGGACGGAGAUGGCGGAAGCAAUAACGGAGAGAAGGGGAAUACCGGCGGCGUCAUUUGUACAAGAUGUUCAGUCCUAUCUUACCCAGUCUGAUCUUGAUGUUAACUCUGCUCUUGCUUUUCUCCAAGAAAGACUUCAGCAGUACCGAGUGGUUGAAAUGAAACUUCUGGCACAGCAGAGGGACCUUCAGGCAAAGAUCCCCGACAUAGAGAAAUGCUUGGAUAUAGUUGCUACUUUGCAAGCUAAGAAGGGCAGCAGUGAGGCGCUAAUCGCUGAUUUUGAAGUGGCAGAAGGUAUUUAUUCCCGGGCUAAGAUUGAAGAUGCUGAAUCUGUGUGCUUAUGGCUAGGGGCAAAUGUUAUGCUGCAGUAUUCAUGUGAAGAGGCUACUGCCCUUCUUCAAACGAACUUGGAAAAUGCAAAAGCUAGUUUAGAAGUUCUUGUGGCUGAUCUACAAUUUCUGAGGGAUCAAGUGACAACAACUCAGGUCACAACUGCUCGUGUAUACAACUGGGAUGUACAUCAACGUCGACUUCGACAAGCUACUACUCCCAAAGAAUCAUGAGAAACACCUAUCUUUCAUUGAAAGAGGUGGUGGAUGCUGCUUCACAGAGUACGAUUCAGAUCUUUUUGGUUCAUCUUUGUAGGUUGAUUUUUGAAUUAUCCUUCCAAGAUCAUAUAUUGGUUUGGUUUUGCCAUCAUUAAUGGGUUCAAUCUUUCAAUUUGGCUCCUACAUGUAACAAACAGAUAUGCGAAUUUGCCAAAGAAACAAAAUGUGAGUUGGAUGCAUUCAUCGUGCUUUUGUGAGAUGAUUUACAAUGUAAUGUUCACUUUUUGUGAAGAUUGUUGAAUUAUGGGAUAACUAUGCAUUUGGUGCUAA